AUUUUGCGUUUACAAAGUGCUUUAAUAUCCCACAGUUAUUAAAAAAUAAUCGGAUAAAUUAAACAGAGUCAAUCCAGGGCACACCUUCAUUAUUAAAAUCGGCUAGAGAAACCACCCACCGCGCGCAAAGGCAAUCAACGGAAGAGCCAGAGUGAGCCUCAGUCUGACAGGUGGCCCUGAAACAAGCGGCAUUGAUGGAAAACAAACAGGGUUUGUGAACUUAGUCUGGUUCCUGGUGAUUUGAUGCCAAAUCUAAUCUUCUUCUCUGAGGAAUGCAGCGAUGCAUAAGAAGGAAGCCAAACCUAAAAGACAAGCCCUGCCGGGAGCUGUUCACUUCUUCGGAGCUCAGCCAUCCUCCCCCUGCCUCUCUGUGACCGAGGAGAUAUUUUUGGAAGCCGCAGAGUACGGCAACAUCCCUGAGGUGAGGCGGAUGCUGGAGGAGCUUCCCCACAUCAACUGCGUAGACUACAAGGGCCAGAAUGCACUGCAGCUGGCAGUUGCCAACGAGCAUCUGGAAGUAGCCAAGCUUCUGCUGAAGCAGAAAGAGAUGAAAAGGAUAGGGGAUGCCUUGCUGCUAGCGAUCAGCAAAGGUUACGUCCGGAUAGUGGAGGCCGUAUUGACCCAUGAGUCUUUUGCAGACGGUGGAAGGCUGGCCGACAGUCCCGCUCAAACACACGAUGAUUUCUUUUCUUAUGAUGAAAACGGCACUCGCUUUUCUGCAGACAUCACUCCCAUCAUCCUGGCCUCGCACUUUCAGGAGUACGAAAUAGUGCACAUGCUUUUUGUGAGGGGGGCCCGCAUACAGCGGCCCCACGACUACUUGUGUGGGUGCGGGCCCUGCAGUGAGCAGCAGCAGCGGGACUCUUUCAGCCACUCCCAGUCCCGCAUCCACGCCUACAAGGGGCUGGCCAGUCCAGCGUAUCUUUGCCUCUCCAGCCAGGAUCCGGUGAUGGAGGCCCUGGAACUGAGCAACGAGCUCGAAGUUCUGGCCAACACGGAGAAAGAGUUCAAGAAUGACUACAAGAGACUGUCCAUGCAGUGUAAAGACUUCGUGGUGGGACUCCUGGAUUUGUGCCGCAGCACAGAGGAGGUGGAGGCCGUCCUAAAUGGGGGGUCGCCUGCUCACUCAGGAGCCGCGGGCAGACAGAGCCUCAUCAGGCUCAAACUGGCAAUAAAAUACGAAGUCAAAAAGUUUGUGGCACAUCCCAACUGCCAACAGCAGCUGCGCUCCAUCUGGUACGAGAACUUGUCUGGGAUUCGACAGCAGUCGAUGGCGGUUAAAGUUCUCCUUGUUCUCGCCACGGCCGUCGGGUUGCCUGUUCUGGCGUUUAUCCACUGGAUAGCGCCGACAAGUAAGGUGGGGAAACUGAUGUGUGGACCCUUCGUGAAGUUUGUGGCACACGCAGCUUCCUUCUGGAUGUUCCUCAGCCUGCUGGUCCUGAAUGCAGCGGAUCGCUUUGCAGGAACUUCCCUUCUGCCCAACAUGACCACGCGGGAUUACCCCUCCCAAGUGUUUCGGAUGAAGACCACCCCCUUCAGCUGGAUGGAGAUACUCAUGAUUUCUUGGAUCAUAGGGAAAAUCUGGGAAGAAUGUAAAGACAUUUGGUUGCAGGACAUUCGAGAAUAUAUCUCAGAGCCCUGGAAUCUUCUUGAUUUUAGCACUUUGGCCAUUUUUUUGACCUCGUUUAUGGCCAGAUUUAUGGCUUUCUGGCAUGCGCAUUCUGCCCAAAAUUAUAUUGACCGGCACUAUAAAAGCCUGUCCAACCUGACUUUGCCCUCUGAGGUAGAAUAUUUCCAGCUGGCCAGAGUUCACUGGUUGCCCUCAGACCCGCAGCUCAUCUCCGAAGGCCUCUACGCCAUCGCCGUGGUGUUGAGCUUCUCCCGCAUCGCCUACAUCCUGCCGGCCAACGAAAGGUUCGGACCCCUGCAGAUCUCGUUGGGGCGGACGGUGAAGGACAUCUUCAAGUUCAUGGUGAUCUUCAUCACCGUCUUUGUGGCGUUCAUGGUGGGGAUGUUCAACCUGUACUCGUACUACCUCGGAGCCAAGCACAACAGUGCCUUUACAACAGUUGAAGAAAGCUUUAAAACGCUGUUUUGGGCCAUCUUUGGACUGUCUGAGGUCAAAUCAGUGGUCAUCAACAUCAACCACAAGUUCAUUGAGAACAUAGGCUACGUUCUGUACGGGGUGUACAACAUCAUCAUGGUGAUUGUUCUCCUCAAUAUGCUGAUCGCCAUGUUCAACAGCUCCUUCCAAGAAAUCGAGGAUGACUCUGAUGUGGAGUGGAAAUUUGCAAGAGCCAAACUGUGGUUCUCCUACUUCAAACAAGGCAGCGUUCUGCCAGUGCCUUUCAACCUCAUCCCAAGCCCCAAGUCUGUCCUUUCCACGCUUCAGGGAAUCAGGGAAUUUCUCUGGGAAUCACAGAAAAGCACGGAAAACUCCUUUGAUGGGAUGGAACUGAAGCCAUCUCUUAUCUCGACUCGUCACCAAAAAAUAAUGAGCUGCUUGGUCAAAAGGUUCAUAUUGAAAGCACAAACAGAUAAAGAAAACAGUGAAGGGAAUGAAGCUGAACUGAAGAAGAUUAAACAGGACAUCUCCAGUCUGCGCUACGAGCUGCUGGAGAGGAGGACCCGGGAACAAAAGACAAUGUCUGAGCUUGUUCAGGAGCUGAGGGAAGUCCUGCAGGAAGAGGAGCAGAUGCAUGACAACCCCUAAACCUACUACUAUGAUGGAAUCAAGCUGGAUGAAUGAGAGUUGUAUCUUGUCCGCCUGCAAUUCCACGUGUAACCGCUAGGGGUCACUUUCGUGAGUUUGAAGCACCAACAUGUGUUUAUUUUAUUAUAUUAUUAUAUACGUCGCUGGUUUUAAAUUUUUUAUUUGGAAUACCUUAAAUGUCAAAUUAGCAUCAACUAAAAAUAUUUCAAAUAUUCUAAUAGCAAUAGCAAUUUUAAGCUCUUUAAUGUCCUUUAUUUAUUUUAAUCAAAAUGAACAGUUAAAAGUUGUAAACUUUUUCAAAAAUAGGUUAAGACGCCGUAAAAAACUAUAAAUUAGUGAAAAUAGCAUUUUCUUUUUGACAUUGAGGGAAAAAAAUUAAAGAAAAAAAUCUUAAGAAUAUUGCCUAAAUUGGAAUAUUCAACCACUAGGUGUCACUUGUGUGGUUUCUUUAAACUGUCAGUUCUUGUGAUGUUGCUCAAAUCUUUUGUAAUGAAAUGUACAUUUGACUGUAUUUUUAAUGUAAACUGGAUGGAACUGUGCAAACCUGGUUUGCAAUCUUUAUUUUCAACUCUAUUCCACAACUAAGGUGCAAUAUUAUCACUAACAAGGAGUCAUGAAGUCUGGUGUUAAUGUCGUGGAUCUUUUAAAAUGUAGCUUACCUGUGCAAACUUAAUGUAAUUAAAACAAGUAUCUUCUCUUCUUGGAA